AUGGACUUCUUUCCUCCCGCCCCUAAUCCCGACGUACCCGCCACUAUGCCUCCUGAGGGCUUCUCUGCCGUCGAUGCACCCUGGGUUCUGCACGCCAAGUCGUACACGUUCGUGUACGGCGCGCCCUCGUCAUCGGCACCAACACCAUCCGCCGAAGCCAUCCUCUCUAAUCCGCACAAUACACCUGAGACCCUUCGCGGUCUCCCCGCCGGCGUGUACUACCCUACUGAAGCCGUUCACCCCGAGGUUCUCCUCGACGCCACAAGUGGCGGUCCGCAGCUCGCGAACACAUGGCUCUCAUGCGUGAUGAUUCUCCACUACGAGAACACACCUGUCGGGCCGUAUGACGAGCUCAUCCUUAUUCCCGCUGCGAUGAAGAAUCCACACACGACCGAGACAGCGCUUCGAUGCACGAGCAUGUUCGUCAGCAAUCACGGCAGUCUCUACAACGGUCGCCGCAACUGGAACAUCCCGAAAGCCCUGGCGCGAUUUGAGUUCACGAAGCUCGAUGGGUCCCGUGAGCGCGUCCGCGUCUUCCACCACCCCGACUCUACCCUCCCCACCGGCAUCGACAUCUCCAAACCCUUCUUCUCUGCCGUCAUAACGACUUCCAGCAUCCCCGCCAUCCCGAUCCCACGCUUCACCUUCCCGCCCCUGAUACAGCCACCCCUCGCAUUGCACCCCGGAGAGGAGAAGUACCCCUGGGUUAGCGUCCGGCCCAAGUACAAGGGCAAGUGGGGCUUGACAUGGGGCAGCGCCGACACGGAUGAGGGCAGCGCAGGCCCAACAUUCGGCGAUGGAAUCAGUUUUCCCGCUAUGAGCCUCUACUCCGCUGGUGUCUACUUCGAGGGGGAGCUCGCGUUCGGACCUGGGCAGCGCGAGUCUGGCUUCGGAGCUGGGUCGGGCAAGACGGAGACGGAUAAGAAGGUCGAUUGA